AUGACAAAGUCGGACCUGUCCUCAGUGGUAAUAAGUCGGCAGCUUCACGUCUUUGCAGAUGCAAGCGAAGAGGGCUAUGGAAUGUGUGCCUACCUCCGACAAGAAGAUAGUAAUGGCAGGGUUCAGGUGUCUCUUGUGUUGGCGAGGGGUAGGGUAGCUCCUCUUAAGUAUGUCUCCAUUCCAAGGCUAGAAUUAACUGCAGCUGUGAUGGGUGCUCGCCUUGCAAGUACUGUUCUGACUGAGUUGGGCGUGAAGGAAGUUCAUUAUUGGACUGAUAGCCAGACCGUACUGAGGUACCUACAGAAUGAUUCAAUGAGAUUCAAAACGUUUGUAGCCAACAGGGUUGCAGUAAUUCGGGAUCUGACUGAACCCAACCAGUGGAGAUACGUCAGGACGUGUAAUAAUCCUGCCGAUGAAGCUUCCAGAGAACAAAGAAUUGCUGAGUUCCUGGGGAAUGAGAGGUGGGUUAAUGGUCCAGACUUCCUUAGGCAAUCCAGUAAACAGUGGCCAGACUUACAGGGGAUUGUGCCUGAUGUUGCAGAAGGCGACCUAGAAGUCAAGGUGUCUAAUGUAGUAACAGUAGAGGGACGAUGUUGUUUUUUGGAUGACUUACUCACGAGGUAUUCAAGUUACCCAAGGUUGAAGAGAGUAGUGGCCAUGGUACUGAUGGAUGCCGAGAAAUUCAAGAGAGGCGCUGACUCCAGGCCAAGUUGCAAUCGCCCAACCCUGGAUCACUCGAAGGCUGCAGAAAGACUGAUAUUGGCUCACAAACAGCGGAGAUUCUUCGCAGCAGAAUUAAAGGCUCUGAAAGGUGGUAAUGUUGACGAAGUCAGGAGAGCGUUAAGACGUAGCCCGCUGCGAAACCUAGAUCCCAUUCUGAUUGAUGAUCUUAUAUCAGUAGGUGGUAGGCUGAGGAGAGCAACCCUCCCAGAAGAAAUGAAACACCAGGUGCUUAUCCCAAAAGAUUCGGGAAUGGCACAACUGGUUGUUAUGGAGGCUCAUGCCCAGGUUGGGCAUAUGGGCAGGGCGGCUAUGCUAGCAAACCUAUGGCAGAGGUACUGGCUGAUUGGAGCAAGUGCGGUGAUCAAGAGUGUGGUUAGUCGAUGUGUUACUUGUAAGAAGAAUCGUGCUGGUCCAUCAACACAGCAAAUGGCAUCGUUGCCUGCUGAGCGGGUGAUGAGUGACAAGCCACCCUUUGAGAAUACGGGCCUUGAUAUGUUUGGUCCCUUUGAGGUUAAGCAGGGAAGGAGCAUGGUGAAGAGAUAUGGUCUCCUGUUCACUUGUUUGGCCACGAGAGCGAUUCAUCUGGAGAUCGUGCAUACCGCAAAUGCCGAUUCCUGUCUAAAUGCCAUACGCAGGUUCAUCUCCAGGAGGGGUGAAAUAUCAUUGUUGAGGACAGAUAAUGGCACGAAUUUUGUGGGCGCUGAGGAGCUAAGAAAUGCUGUCAAGGCUUGGAACCAGAGUCAAAUCCCCGAGUGGCUGCGGCAGAAAGGGAUAAGCUGGGAGUUUAACCCCCCUGCAGCCUCCCACUUCGGUGGUGUCUGGGAAAGGUUCAUAAGGACUGUUCGCCAAGUUAUGAAAGGCGUGUUAAGGGAGCAACAUCUUAGACUGGACGAUGAAGGUCUCAGUACCUUGUUCUGCGAGGUAGAGAACAUCGUGAAUGGCCGGCCAAUAUCUACGCUGUCCUCUGAUCUGGACGAUCUGCAGCCGUUAUCUCCACGGAUGCUGUUGACCAUGAGGGAGAAGACAUCAAUGCCUCCCGGUGUCUUCGAUAGGAAGGAUGUUUAUGUCAGAAGACGUUGGCGACAGGUCCAGUAUUUAGCGGACUUAUUCUGGACAAGGGGGCGCAAAGAGUACUUGCCCCUAUUGCAGGCCAGGCAGAAAUGGCAUGACCCUCAAAAGAACCUAAUGCGGGGCGAUAUUGUACUCGUGGUGGAAGAAUCGCUGCCGAGAAAUAGCUGGCUUCUUGGUAGAAUUGUGGACGUUAAAGCGGAUACAAAGGGUUUUGUGAGAUCCUGUUCCGUUAAGACUCGGCAUUCUGUGUUAGAUAGGCCAAUCGCGAAACUGUGUUUGUUAUUGGAGUCUGAGCGGGACAAAAAGUAG